UCGGACGUACAUCCGGACGGCUGAGCUAAUACUUGUGAGAAUAAAGGGAGAAGAAGAGCGAGAAGAUGCCGGGGUCCAUCGGCUUCCCAGUGCUGGAGUUGGAAAACUUUAAGAGCUACAAGAACAGAACCCGGUUCGAGUGGGCAGCGUUGAUUACGGCUGUGGUCGGCCUCAACGGCACCGGAAAGUCCUCGGUAGUGAACGCGAUCCAGUACGCCUGUUGCUUUCCUGAAUUCGACCGCGGCGUUACCGUGAAACAUAUCAAGGAGGAUAUCUGUAAUUCAGAGAUACGGGAUUCGGAGGAUCCGAGUGACACAUGGGUCGAGCUGAUCCUCGAUGUUCAUAACACGCAGACAAAUUUUCGGCGAAUCACCGACUAUCGCAACUCGGUGCACCGCUACUGCAUAAACGGAGAGGAGGUCAGCAGAAUUGUGUACAAAAGAUCUCUGCUGCAGUACAAUAUCAACCCGAAAAUCAACACUUUCUUGGUGCAGCAGGGCGGCAUCGAGCGCUUCGCGACGCAGAGUCCGAAAGAACUCUGCGAGCUAUUCGAACGCCUCAGUGGUUCCUACGAGUUCAAAGCCGAAUACACGAGGUUGGAAAAGGAACUGCAGCGUCUCAGAGCCGAGGCUAGCGAGCAAAAGAACGAGCUUGCUUACCACAGAAGAGAGAUGAAGAAGAUACAAAAAAUCGAAGCGGAGUGGGCUGAAAUACGCAAGUUGGAGGAUGAUUACAAUCGGUGCGAGUACGAGUAUUAUUUCGCUAAAUUGUAUCAAAUUGAUAAAACCGUCGAUGAUUUAGUUGAGAAGCAUGAUAAACUUGAGAUUAACAUCAAAAUUGCUCAAAAAAUUCAAACUUCCACGGAAGAAGAAAUUAAAUUGCUCGUGAGUAUGUUCUCGGAGCGAGAAGAAUCCUUGGCACUGAUGGAGGCAGAGCUGGAGGAAGCAAGACGGGAUAUGUUGAAUUAUUCGACAAAAGAAGCGGAGCUGAAGGAAAAGCUUGCACUAUACAAAAAUAAAAUAAAAAAGAUCGAAGAUAAUUUAAAGGACAUGGAGAAAAAGGUCGAAGCUCAUAAGAACAUCUUGAAGGAUCUUGCUCAACAGAAAAUGGAGGUCGAAAAAGAAAGAGAAUUUCUUCUAUCUCAAUCCCAGGCGAGCUCCUUAAAUCUAAACGACGAACAGAACGAGAUCUACCUUCAAUUGAAAUCAGAGGCUCUGAAGAAAUGUUCUUAUUAUAUUGAUUUGAUCUCUUCGAAAACAAGAGAACAAAGUGCUAUAAGGGAUCAAAUAGACGAAUAUAAGGCAAGAGAGGAAACGAUCUUGCAAAAAGUAAAAAAACAAAAAUUGCUCAUUGAUGAAAUACGUUCAAAGGAGCUGAAUGUUUACAAGAAAAUUAAUGAAACAGAAGAAGAACACACUAAGGUUCAAAUAAAUCUAGAUGAACUCAAGAAAGAAAUCGAAGGUUUAGUAGAAAGUAAAGAACAAUCAUUAGCAGCCAUUGACUUGUUAAACAAAAAAAUUGAUGAACAGCAAGAAACCAAGCAAGAUCAAAUCGAGUCAAGUAGGAAACAAAUCGUCUUAAAGGAAUUAAAAGCUUAUUGCACAGGAGUUCAUGAUCGUCUGAUAAAUUUAUGCGAAGUUGGCGCUGAAAACUUGGAAAUUGACAAGUUGGAGAUCUCAAUUACAAAAAUAUUGGGGAAGAAAAUGGAUCAUAUUAUUGUGGAUGAGACUAAAGAUGCACUAAACUGUAUAUAUUUCUUAAAAGAAAAAUAUAAGGGAAGCAAAUACUCUACUGUCGAAACCUUUAUUCCUCUGGAUGGAUUAAAGAAAAUAACAUUCAAUAGGGGAAUUUUACAAGGAGAAGAAAAUGCACGCCUUGCAAUCGAUGUAAUGGCUGUAUCAGAAAAGUAUAAAGAUGCCCUGACAAGUGCUUUAGGAAACGUAGUGAUUUGUGAUACUGAUGAAAGAGCCUCUGAACUUUCAAAGAACAAAAAACUAAAUUGCGUUUCUUACAACGGAACUCUUUACAAAAAAGAUGGUACGUUUUCUGGCGGAUUGUCUGAUUUGUCAAUUAAAUCUAAAAAAAAAUGGAAUGAGAAAAAACUGCAAAAUUUAGAAAAUGAAAAGGUAGAAAAAAUGACUAUUCUGCGAAAACAAAUAAAUGAUAUUGAUUCUAAAAAUAAACAAAUACACGAACUCGAAAGCAAGUUAAUGAGUUUAGAAAAACGUCUGAAAGAGUAUUUAAAACCAUUACUACAAAAUCUGCAAAAGGAGUUAACAGAUAAGAAAAAUAAACUUGCUGGUUUAGAAAAUUUAUUAAAUGACCAGAAAAACUUGGGAGAGUUAGAAAAGCUCGAAAAUGAAUUUAAAUCUACAACCAAUGAAUUAGAAAAAGUCGAGAAGAAGAAAGAGGAUAUAGAAAACAGCGUGUUUUCAGAUUUUUGCGCAACUUAUAAAUUGAAAAAUAUACAAGAAUAUGAAAUGGGUGAUCUGGAGAAGUAUACAAAGCGUGACAGUCGAAAGAAAGAGUUAGAUAAUCUUUUAGACAAAAUUAAUAAUCAGAUUGAUUUUGAAAAUAGUUGUAUUUUAGAAAGUCAAGCAAAAGUUCAAAAACUGCAAGACGAUUUGCAAAAAACAAAAAAGAAAUACGAUGUAUUGAACAAAAAGAACAAUAAAAUAGGAAAGCAACACGAUACAAAUAAAUUAUUUUUUUCAAAAGAUACAGAGGUAAAGAAAACGAGACAGGAAGUAGAAGAACUUUCAAAAAAAUUGAAAAUGAAAGAAACAAAAAUGAAGUCUAUAAAAAGAGAUUUAGAGGAAUGGGGUACAACUAUUAGAACUAUUAAGGCGCAAAUUGCGUUGCUUGAAAAUAAAAAGCACAAAUCAUUAGUUGAAUGCAAGGACAAGAAUAUUGAAAUCCCUUUAGUGACUGGUACACUUAAAACAGCAAACUUCAAAUCUGAGCUGAUUGGUUUUAAGUCAGAUACGGAUAAAAGUAGCCAACGAUCAUCAUCUGAAUCUGGUAUUGAAGAAAAAAAUGUAGAAGUCGACUACACAAAACUCCCAAAAUCUUGGAAUGAUUUAGGAGAAGAUGGUUUGAACAAUACUGUGAAAACAUUAAAAGACAAAUUAAAAUCUCUUCAUGAAAAGAUAAAUCAAGAUAUGCCGAAUGCAAAGACAUCACGUGAAAUGGCAAUUAAAGCAAGAGCAAAUGAACGCGCAUUAAAGAAAAAAUACGAAGACAAACUGAAAGAAUUAUCUAAUACAAGCAAGGACUUUAACAACGUAAAAAACAACAGACUCAUUGCCUUCCGAACAUUCUUUUCAUCUGUAGAGGAGGGAGUAGGAAAACAUUUUAAAACAUUGUAUAACUCAACAACAGCAGCAGCUCAUUUAGUAAUGAGAAAUCAAGAUGAACCAUAUUUAGAUGGACUUGACUUCAGCUGUAUUGUACCCAAUAAAAGGUUUAUUCAGCUACAAAAUCUUUCUGGUGGCGAGAAAACGAUGUGUUCAAUCGCACUUUUAUUUGCUUUAAAUAGCGUAAAACCAUCACCAUUUUUGAUUUUCGACGAAAUGGAUGCAGCUCUAGACAAUGCUAAUAUAAAUCGAAUGGCUAAAUUUUUCUGGAAAUUGAAAAAUUCAACGCAAAUGAUUAUCAUAAGCCACCAUGACUUAAUUUGCGUCUGUGCUGAUGCUGUUGUAGGCGUAAAUAUAUCCCCAAUUACAAAUUCAAGUUAUACUUGCCAUCUUGAUGUUACUUUGUAUUCAAGAGAAGUAUUAGCCGAACGCAACCUCAGAGAGGGCCAUCAGGAACUUCCCGUACUUUUAAGAUGCAAAAUGCAAGCUAAAUUUAAAAAGUCAAAGAGUAGAAGAUAAAAGUAGGACACGAAGUAUUGACUUUAGACUAUUUCUAAUUAAUAAUCAAGAAUUGUACAUAAUAUGCGUAUAAACGAUAAGUAAUUGUAACAUUACGUAAAUUAAAUUGUAACAUACAUAACAGGUCAGUGUGCAUUUUUCAGAAUUAUUUUUAAUGAAAUACACAUAUUCUGAAAAAUAGUGAAAGGACA